UCAUUUGUGGAGUCAUCGCGCCAGCCCGUACCUAAAGGCUAAAACACUCUCUCAACCACCAAACUCUAACAGCCUGAUCCUUCUUACCUCCACUGUCCUAAAAUAACACAAACUCUCUUCAAAUGGCGUUUGCCACCUUCUCUACACGCGCCUUUUCUCUUCAGUCACCGAACUACCACCAUCAAUAUCACAGCAACAACUUUGCCACAAUCUCUCUCUGUGUUCCCAUCCCAACUUCUAAACCCUCUGCUACUCCUCUUUCCUGGACCACAACUACUUCUCGUUUUAAAAGAUUUCGAACAACCAUCGCUCUCUCCUCUGGUGGAGGAGACGGUGGCGUAGGUGGUGGUGGGAUUUCUGGUGGUGGAGGUGGUGGGAAUGAUGAUGGUGGUGAUGCUGGAUCCCGCAACAAGAGUGAGGCCAUUCUUGCAUUGGCAGAGGUGGGGAGGUCGUUGGAGAGCUUGCCAAAGGACUUGGCUGCGGCAAUUGAGGCAGGGAGGGUGCCAGGGUCGAUUGUUAGCAGGUACUUUGAACUGGAGAAAUCAGCAGUGUUUAGGUGGUUGCUUCAAUUUGGAGGGUUUAAAGAAAGGUUGCUUGCUGAUGAUUUGUUCUUGACUAAAGUUGCCAUCGAGUGUGGUGUUGGGAUCUUUACCAAGACCGCUGCAGAGCUGGAACGGCGCAGAGAAAAUUUCACCAAGGAGCUGGAUUUUGUUUUUGCCGAUGUGGUAAUGGCCAUAAUAGCAGAUUUUAUGCUCGUUUGGCUUCCUGCUCCUACUGUUUCUCUUCGACCACCUCUUGCACUCAGUGCUGGUCCAGUUUCUAAGUUCUUCUACAGUUGUCCUGAUAAUGCAUUCCAGGUGGCUUUGGCUGGAACAUCUUAUUCAUUUUUACAGAGAAUAGGCGCUAUACUGCGUAAUGGAGCCAAGCUAUUUGCAGUCGGUACCGGUGCAUCUCUAGUUGGUGUAGGUAUAACAAACGCGUUGAUUAAUGCACGAAAGGCUUUAGAUAAAUCUUUUGCUGGAGAAGCAGAGGACGUGCCUAUAUUGUCAACCAGUGUUGCCUAUGGUGUGUAUAUGGCAGUUUCCAGCAACCUGAGGUACCAGAUCCUUGCUGGAGUUAUUGAACAGCGACUUUUGGAGCCUAUGCUACACCAGCAAAAGGUUAUAUUGAGUGCAAUCUGCUUUGUUGUUCGAACUGGCAACACAUUCUUGGGGUCAUUGAUGUGGGUGGACUAUGCACGCUGGGUAGGAAUCCAAAAGAUACGAGAGUAGAGUACAGGGAUGGUAAAUUUGGUUGCGACCUUUCAAUGGAUGACGAUGACGACUUGAUGGAUAUUUAGACAAUGAGGGUGAAUCCAUUUGAUUACCUUUUGUUUUGAAUAUCUAUGUAAAAGAGUUUGACAGACGGGGUAAUGGCUGAAAGUCUCCUUGCAAUGUUAAGGAGAAGUCUAUCCAUUAUAUACAAUAACUAGCUUUGAUACCCGCGCGAUGCCGCGGGUCA